AUGGCUGAAGUGCCAAGAGGGGUAAAAAAUCCAAAGAUAGUCACAAAGUUUGCCAGGAAAGUUGGAGAAUUAACCACUGAACAUGUUGCUCAAUAUUUGGUUGAGAUUGAAAACUUAGCCAAUGAUGAAAAUUUGAAGACCAAAUUCGAUAGCAACAUAGAAUCAGUUGGAAACUGCUUUUCAUGCUCAAUUCUAACGGGGGAAAUAAAUGUGGCAGUUACUGAUCAAGUAGCUUUGAAAUGUGAAGAUGGUGAAACCAUUGAUGAUUAUCUGAUACAUUUCAAGAACGCUAGGAGUGGGUGCUAUGUGUCAUUACCUGAGAGUGAGAUAGUUAAAAUAGCAACUUUGGGGCUAGGAAUUUAUAUACGCAGAAAGCUGCUUAAUGUGCAUAUCCCUUAUUUAGCCCAUUUGGCUAAAAAAGUUUAUCAGACUGAACUCAUGAAAAAGGAGAAAGAGAAAUAUAGGAGUGAACAAAGAUCGAAGAGUAAAUCCUUUACUCAAAAAGAAAAAGUUGCCUAUGUGACUAUGGAGUCCUUAGAGGAGGAACUCGAUUUCGAAACAGAAGUCGAUUUGGCCGAACUUAAGAAAGGCCCUCCAUAUGUUUGUUCUUUACUUAAAAAGCAUCCUAGUAAUGAAAAGUUGAAUGAUUCAAAACUAAAAAGUAGAAAGAAAUAUAGUUUUGAUAUUUUGAAAUCUGAUCAGAUUUUUGAUGUGUUGCUUAAAGAUAAACAAUUAAUUCUUCCUGAGGGUAGAACUUUACUUUCAGUGAAAGAUUUAAAAGGAAAACCUUAUUGCAAGUUUCACCAAGCAACAAGUCAUUCGACUAACAGUUGUGUUUGUUUCAGUGACUUAAUUCAGGAAGCAAUAAUGGAAGGACGGUUGAAAUUCAAUGAUGGCAAGUAA